AUGGCUGAUGGCUACGCUCGCGUGACUGGGCAGCCGCAGGCAGUAAUUGUCCAUGUAGACGUUGGUACUCAGGCGCUUGCACAUGGUGUUCACAACGCCAGUGUUGGCCGUGCGCCCGUCUUCAUCUUCGCGGGUCUCUGUCCGUACACGGAAUCUGGAGAAUUGACGGGCUCCCGAACGGAAUAUAUGCACUGGCUCCAGGAGCCUGCUGAUCAAAAGGCAAUUGUGCGCCAGUAUUGUAGCUCUCCGAAAGGUCCUGUAUAUGUUGCUGCAGCCAGAGAAGUGUUAGCUGAACAAAUCCAGCCGUACUCACUGGAGCAAGCUAAAUGGGCUCCAAUCGGACCUAGUGCGUUGCCGGAUGAUGCGGUUCGCGAUAUUACAGAAGCUUUAGUCAAUGCGAAGAAACCGCUUGUGAUUACUGGAUAUUCAGGUCGUGAUCGUCGAACCCCGAAACUCCUGGUCGAACUUGCCGACAAGAUUCCAGGUCUUCGAGUUCAUGACACUGGCGGGAGKGAUAUGUCUUUCCCUUUCGAUCAUCCAGCAUCACUUGGAUUCCGUCUGGGUGACAAUAAAGAUGCCAACGAUGCAGACGUUAUACUCAUGCUCGAUUGCGACGUGCCGUGGAUUCCAGCACGUAACCCGCCGCGCAAAGAUGCCAUUUUCUACCAUAUAGACGUCGAUCCAUUGAACCAGCAGAUUCCAGUCUCAUUCUUUCCCGCACACGGGCGUUGGAGGUCGGACUCAUACACUGCGCUCACACAGCUGCUUCAACAUCUGGAUAAAAAGUUUGUUGAUGUACGGAAAAAUCCAGAGUAUACCGCACGCAGGAAAGCUUUAGCAGUACAGCACAAAAAGCGAUUGGAUCUUAUUGACAGCCUACCGCAUCUUGAAAACAACGCGGCACUAGAUGCGCACAACAUUGGCCGGCUUUUGCGAGAAUGUCUACCGGAUGAUACCACCUUCGUAGUGGAAGCUGUAACCGGAUCUACCCUAAUUGCCGACCAGCUCCAACCCAGUCUUCCUGGAGGCUGGAUUAAUUGCGGUGCGACUGGUAUCGGCUGGAGCAACGGGGCAGCCCUGGGAGUGAGAAUGGCGCUUCACGAUGAAAGGAAACCCGGUAUAGUAUGUCAAGUCGUUGGUGAUGGAAGCUUCAUGUGUGCAUCUCCGACAAGUGCCAUAUGGGUUGGGUAUAAACACAAUAUCCCUAUCCUGACAAUAGUGCUGAACAAUGGGGGCUGGAAAGCACCACGCAAAUCAACGGAGCUGGUAUAUCCGGAAGGACUCAACAAAGAUGCCACAGACGACGAGCUAAGUAUUUCCAUCAGCCCGUCUCCGAGUUACUCGAAACUGGCCGAAGCUGCUGCUGCACAGUCUGAUUGGAUGCAAGCAUCUCGAGUCACAACGGUCAAAGAACUGCGAGAGAAAUUGGUUGAGGCCGCUAAACAUGUACAAUCGGGACGUGGUGCGUUAGUAGAGGCUGUCACUAUGGAUUAA